CUACUCGAUAUGUUGUGAUUGUCUCCUAAUGAGUUACUUCCUGCCUCGGGUGAUCAGAUCCAAGUCUUCGAACCAAAACUUUCUUGGAAGUUCUAAGUCAGUUUUCAACUCUGCUGACCUUCGGAAACAGCUAUGCUUUGCACCGGCUGAUCGUAACUCUUUUGCUUUCCUUUCGUACUGUCAAGUGUAUUUACCAGAAGGUGCCGAGGAAGAUGUUUAAAGACGAGGAAGACCUUUAAAGGCUCAUUCAUGGCAAUGAUCAAUAUUCUUUUCACUAGAAGCUUAAACUAACGAGGGUCAAUCGUUUGCUUUGGAACAUCUGGAUAUUUUGACUUAGCGAAAUGGAAGAACAUCCAAGAGCCCGAUAGAGAAGCAGGGGACAGUGUAGCAUUCAUAAACGCUCCUUAGUCAAUGUGUGUUACUGUAGCCCCACUGUGCUCGGUCAAUACGGCUUUUCAUAGGGGGCUAUCAAUGUGACUAUACUGUAUGGGAAGCAUAGAGCACGUGGGGGCUAUUUUCUGCUUUUUCUUUUCGCUCGAGCCGACGUGGAUUUGUCCUAUUAACCUUUUUGAAGACCAGCGGAGAGUUCACGAAAGGCAGUUUGCAGGGGCCCUUCCCGUCUGAUGCACGACUGAGAGGCCCCCACUGGAAAUUUGUAUGCCAAAAUACAAGGUGUAAUUAUUUAACGCGCUGGAUUCAAUGCGAGGAUUGUUGUGUAUCCCCAGGGUAGACAGCCUUUACAAGAGCCAGGAAUUCAGACAACUGUUUAGAGAGUGAGAGUGAGCCCAGUGUAUAUGCGGCUGCAAUUAAUGCACACCUUUGGGCUGUUUUGCGGAGCAUUUGUAAAUCCCGACGGCCUUUGACAUCUAUUUUGUACAGUUAAUUGGUGGCAACGACACUUUGUCCCGAGUGUCACGGGAAGGAGUGGGCAAGCGAAACAACCUUGGAGAGAGGAUUACAUGCCAAAGCACUAUCUGACUAAUGGUAUUUAUUGAAAGACAUUAAACGGGUCCUUCGUGAUGGAAUUUCAGUUUGUCCUUCUUAUUGUUGGAAUAAUUGCAUUUUCAGACUCGGCAAGAGGUCCUCCACGCAUUUCAGACAGAGUAAUUCACCGGCAAACUGUGAGAUUGGGAAGGACUAUAAAGCUUCUCUGCCCGGUAGAGGGCGACCCCCCGCCUCUUACAAUGUGGAUAAAAGAUGGACGUUCAAUCCAUAGCGGGUGGACAAGGUUUAGGACUUACGUGCAUGGGCUGAAGAUUAAGGAUGUUGAAAGGGAGGAUGCUGGAAGCUACAUCUGUAAGGCCACCAAUGGGUUUGGAAGCGUCAAUGUGAAUUACACCCUCAUUGUUAUAGAUGAUUCUAGUGCAGGAAAAGCCAACCAGCCACCUGAUGGGCCAAAUCCAGAAGUAGAAGAAUUUUCCAAUAAACAGUGGGCACGCCCACGGUUUACACAACCAGCCAAAAUGAGAAAGAGAGUCAUUGCUCGGCCUGUGGGCAGCUCUGUCCGGCUCAAAUGCAUUGCCAGUGGGAACCCAAGGCCGGAGAUCACCUGGCUAAAGGAUAACAAACCACUGUCUACUCAAGAGAUUGGGGAGAACAAGAAGAAGAAAUGGACACUCAACCUUAAGAGCCUCAAACCAGAGGACAGUGGGAAAUACACCUGCCAAGUCUUUAAUCGAGUGGGGCAGAUCAACGCUACAUACAAGGUGGAAGUGAUCCAGAGAACAAGAUCAAAGCCAAUACUUACUGGAAAUCACCCUGUUAAUACCACAGUGGAUUUUGGAGGCACCACCUCUUUUCAGUGUAAAGUGCGCAGUGACGUCAAGCCGGUGAUCCAGUGGCUAAAGAGAGUGGAGUACGGCUUGGAGAAUAAAUACAAUUCCACUAUUGAUGUGGGUGGACAGAAAUUCAUUGUCUUGCCCACCGGUGACGUGUGGUCACGGCCUGAUGGUUCCUACCUGAAUAAACUUAUCAUCACAAGGGCCAAAGAAGAAGAUGCAGGAAUGUACAUCUGCCUUGGUGCCAACACUAUGGGAUACAGCUUCAAAAGUGCAUUUCUAACAGUACUGCCAGAUCCGAAGCCCCCAAUUGCACCUGUGAGCAUAUCAUCCAGUAGUCUUCCUUGGCCAGUGAUAAUCGGAGUUCCAGCUGGAGCCGUCUUCAUAUUUGGGACAAUACUUCUGUGGCUUUGCCAGACGAAGAAAAAGCCAUGCUCUCCUCCUGCAGCGGCGGCUGCUGUCCACAGGCCGCAGCCAAGGGUUUGCAUACCACAGAUGGUGGACAAAGACUGCAUCUCCUCCAUAAACUAUGAGGAGUAUGUUGCGCAACAGCAGCAUUUACUUCCCCAAGGACCUCUUUUGGCCAAUGGAGUGGCUUCAAAAAUGUACCCAAAGAUUUACACAGAUAUCCACACUCAUACGCACUCUCACGUGGAUGGAAAGGUUCACCAGCAUCAACACAUUCACUAUCAGUGUUAAAUGCCAUAAACAAACUUGUUUCUCAAGCGGUACCUCAAGACUGAUUGGUUCAGCUAACACUGCCAGUAGACAUGGAUAACAGAAUGUCAUGGAUAAUGCAACUGAAUUCUUCGACUCAUAAAAGGAAUCAUGAAGGAAUCUCUGGUUAAUCGGAGGUCAUUGUUGCUAUUUUUUUUUUUGUUUUUUGUGUUUUGGAAAAAGGAAAAAGCACUGUGUUGCUACAAACUAGUUGAAGAAAAGGAAAAAAGAAAAUGGUCACUGUCAUAUUUCACCCAGGUUUAGUUUAUGCUGGUGCCUUCUUUAUUUUUGAUGCUAUAGCUAGGCCUUCAGCCUUGGUCAGCGUUUGAGCUUUCAGGAGGUCUAAGAAGGAACCAAUAAAGGGGGAAGGAGGAUAUGUAUGAAGAAAGUAAUAAAUAGCAUUAGAUAUAAGCUAAAAUGUUCAAGCAACAGAGAACAACUUUUUCAGUAUCAUUGAAUUUUUGAUGGUUUUUCUUGUCCCUCAAAGUGCCUGUUAUUUUUGAAGCACUCUUUUGCAAAGCCACGGUCAUGCCAAACCUCUAUCAUAUCCUAGCCUUGUUUCUUCAGCUAUUAUACUUAUUGAAAGAAAAAAUCAAAUCUGAAGUUUUGAAGAACUACAUCAUUUAUCAUAAAUGCUCAAAUAAUAUCAUCAUUUUUUUUUUUUCAAAAAGCAAUAUUUUGCUGUCGAUAAAAGCAACAACCUAUCAUGUGGCUUUGAAAGAUGCCUUAUAAUCAUUAUGAUAAUGAUGACAGACUUUAUAAAGCAAUUUGUGACUAUAGGAGACGUAUAUAGAUUUUAAACUAAAGCCAUGUAUAUUUAAUUUAUUUUGUUAAACAGAAAAAAAAUGUCUAUGUAAAAUAUUAUUUUCAGCAAAAAUGUUAAUUUCUAUUUUCUGAGUGAAUUUGUACAAUUAUUUUAGAUACGACUCGUUAGGCAUAAAGAUGUUACCAUGUA